CUGUCCCCCCGCCCGGCGCGCACACCCUCGGGUACUUAUAGGCACCACACACCCGGCGCGCCGCCAGACCCAGCGAGCCAGGGAGCGAGCGGACGUCUGCCCGACCACCCACCACCCGACCACCGACCACCGACCGCGGACCCCGGCUCCUUGCGCCAUGUCCAGCAGCUCCAACGUCGUCGCCAUGAGGAAGGUGGUGCAGCAGCUCCGGCUCGAGGCCGGGCUCCACCGCGUGAAGGUUUCUCAAGCUGCUACUGAUCUGAAACAGUUUUGCCUGCAAAAUGCCCAAAACGAUCCCCUGCUGACUGGGGUAUCUUCCAGUACUAAUCCUUUCCGGCCGCAGAAAGUCUGUUCUUUCCUGUAGCAAGAUGAUCUUAAGCUACUUGGGAAGGAUCUCUGAAUCCAGUCUUCAUAUGUGCAUCUGUGACGUGACGUGAUGUUGUGAUGUGAAUUGUGACCAUUCAAAGGAGAGAGAAUUCUAAAGCCUGCACAAAAGUUUAAUCUAUAUGUGUGUAAUAAUGUGCCACGUUAAUCAUCCAAAUUUCAACUUGUGUCAGACUUUCUCAUCUACCUCUCCGAAUUGUCAUUGAUUUCUGUUUUGUACACUGGUAAGAAUACAAUAAAGUAUUCAGAUGAAAAUCA